AUGGGUCCCACACUUGCCGAAACAAAAAAUACGGGUGAAUUGAGGACAGCGAAUAACGGAACAAGCAGCACUAAGCCUUUGUACAAGGGGGAAAUGAGACUAGAUGCGGUUAAUGAUGUUGAUGAGGACGAGAUGCUGGAUGUCAACAUGCCACCCAGAUUCAUUCGCGGUCGAGGCAAGGGACCCGUGACGGGUCAUGAUCACGAAGCCGGGCCUUCGCACCGGCGUACUCCAUCCAUUACUAUGAGCACGAGCCUGCAAGAGCCAUGGAGGCUCUAUGUUGAACCUGGAAGACGAUCUGUCUCCCUUAGCUCUUCACCUUCUUACCAACACUCCUUUGGACCCCAUUCGGAAAAUGAACCUAACCAGCAACCAUCCUCUUUCAUACCUUUACAGAGAUCCAACUCCCAUCACUCAUUUGGCGACCCAACCCCAGUUUUUCAAAGCCGAUUCAACCCGGCCAACCUACUGCCAGAACCCGUGGGUUUUAACCCACUUGGACCUGAAGACCAUUUCUCUGGGGAAAACGGCAUGGAUGAAGAUACUGACCCCAUGGAGCCUGCAUCAGGAACGCCGAAUCACCCCAUUGAGAUCUCAGAUGGGUCAUCGUUCCAUGGAUCGCCAUAUCGCGGACCCGAUAGUUUCCAGGUGAUGUUUAACCAGUAUGACUGGUACUUUACUCCAUCCGAGCAUUCAUCACCCUAUCAGCAGCAGCAGCAGCAUCAGCAACAACAGGAUCUUUCCCAGGAUUCUCGCCUCAGGGCGGUCACGCCGCCGCCACCGCCGCCAGUAGAGCACCAUUACCCGCCACUUCAGGAAGAAGAGGACCCACAGUUGGGAGGUCCAUCAAGCCCUAUUCCAGAUGUCAACUCUGUACCUGUGGUACCACCUUUGGGUUUCGAUAACCCGAUUCCUGCGUAUGCUGGAUCAGCGGCAUACAACCCCUUCGAGCAGCCGGCGCAUACCCACUAUAACUACAACUACGGUUAUGCGGAGCACCAGCCGCCUCCUCCACCAGUGUAUCAACCGCCUCAGCCACAGAUUCAGCAGGAGGUUCUUGAAAGGCUGAACCAAGUUGAACAGGAGGUUCGUGAAGACCGCAGAGAGCGGCAAGGUUUCUUCAAGGGUCUGUCCGAUUUGCUAAAAGGGAAGUCCAAGAGGAGGGGUCAUUGA